GUCAAAGUGGAGUCAGCGAAAAGCAUUUAACUUUACCUUUCCCUCCAUUUCAGCACAACAUGCCUUUCGGCUUCUUCUCCUCUCAGUUUGAUGAUCAGGGUAUCAUGGAUGACGGCAACUGGCAGUUCUGUGGCCUGUCCAGAACCCAACGCUUGUAUGCCUUUGGUGCAAGCUUCGUCGUCGGAAUGGUUCUUUCUAUCUUGUCUACAUUAUUCCUGCUUACGGCCAAUACGACUGCUUUUGCCAUCAUCUACAGUAUCGGAAACAUUGUAUCCAUCUUCAGUUUGACGUUCGUGAUUGGUAUCCCAAAGCAGAUCAAGACGAUGUUUGCCCCAGUUCGAUUUUGGGCUACAGUCGUGUAUCUUGGCAUGCUGGUAGUUACUUUGGCACUUUCUAUUCUGUUGCACAAUUUUAUCUUGUCCAUUAUCCUUGUCAUUGUGCAAUUCUGUGCCUUGGUGUGGUACGCUGCCAGUUAUAUUCCCUACGGCCGGUAAGUUUAUAUACUGAUGAAUUGGAAUUAGGAUGAAUGGCGUGUUACAUAUUUGUUCAUGGUACUCACGCGUUAUUAUCAUAAUCUAGGGAAAUUAUCCGUCGUUUCUUCGGUAGCUGCGUUACAUCUAUCUAAUAAGUUUGAAACCGCUUAGCUGAUUAUGGUGAUCAUAAAGUAAAAUACACGUAAUAUAAUCUCGUACAAUCCGAUGUCUACUCUA